AUGUCACUCCGCCGACAAUCUUGCGACGCCUGUUAUCGGGAACGGCGGAGAUGCGACCUGGCACACCCCGUUUGCGCAAGAUGCAGACAAAGGAACAAGGAUUGUACCUACCUAUACCCACCACCACUGCGGCAGUCCCCGGAGCCGGACCACUCGGAGGCCGGUGGCGCUCGCCGUGCCGUUGUGCGUUCGAAAACGUUCUCCCGCAAGAGGACAGCUCCGUGCAACAUACUGCCCCCCAGAUCUCUCGGUAACCUAGGUCGCCUCCAGCCUGUGUCAAACCUCCCAGGAUACGACCAUAUGUCGUGGGUCUUCGAUCUGCUCCGCGAAUCCCCGCUCACCUUUGCCGACCGCGGCGAGACCGUCUUCAUCCACAAGGCGCUAUUCCAGGGCGGUAGGCUCCCUGGCCCGCUUCUCACGGCGUUUGGCAUUAGUGCCGGGUGUGCGUCGCUCAACGACCACAACCGACACAUCCUGUUCCAGGCUCUCGACGCUCAGACCAACGACCUGCUCCUGGCUACCCCCAGGGCCAGUACCGCCAACCGGUGGCUUCUCGAUGACCUAGCCCGUUUUCAAGCCCUUGUUCUCUACCAGAUCAUCCGACUCUUUUACGGCGGCGUUGAGCAGCGGGAGGUUUCAGAGCGGCAGGCGUACGCCGUCCGGGCGCAAGGCCUUCGGCUGCUCCGGUCCGCGGAUAAUACUAUCACCGACGUAGAGGAGCUAGAAGCGCAGGAAACUCAAACAGCAGCGGUCACAGAGCAAACUUGGGAGAAGUGGAUCCUCGCGGAGAGCAUCCGUCGCACCGUCUUCAUCGCCUUCAAGUUGUACACAUUGUACACAGCUUUUCGGUAUGGGCAGUGUGUGGAAACGGUUGCGCUGGACAUGCUGCCUGUGUCGACGCGGCCCGCGAGAGCGUGGUACUCGAGGGAAUUCUAUGAUGACCGCGAGGAGUCCCCCGAAAGAGCAGCGGGACCCGGGGACGACACGACGACGGCGAGCGCCUUCAUCUCGAGUUUGGGCAUGAUUGGCCGGGCAGAUCUCGAGACGUUUGAGCGGAUCGUUUUGUCAGCUGCGUGUAAGAGGGCUGCUGCGGGCAUGCCGGGGGUACCGUGCAACGACGGCGGUGAUUUGAGGGCAUCAUCGGACAUCGAGUGGAUGCGCUCGGGAAAAUAA